GCCGGUCCCUCGCGCCUGCGCGGUUAGGUAGUUUUCUCAGCCACCCUUCCCCCACGUCCUUUUCGUUCGCUCAAGCAGCUGCUUUGUUGGACUGCUCGCCCCUGCUCCCUUCGCCUGGCGCGCGGUGGGAAGGAGGUGGAGCCGGCACGUGAUCAGCAGCAGCGGCCCCGGUUGGCAGUCGAGCGAGCAGGGCGGUUGGUUCCGGCUCGGACCGGUUGGGGCUGGUUUUCCCCGCGCAAGCGCAGCCCGCCCCGGUUAGAGCGCAGGGAAGGGCGAUGGCGGCGGACGGGAGUCCCGGAGCAGGCCUGGCGGGGAUGGUCGACGAGGCGCGGGGGGAGCCUCAAGGCACACCUGGCCCCAGCCCUGCGGCUGCCGUCGCCUCGCCCAACGAGGCGUCCCCGGCGAGACCCGACCCGGCAGGCCCCGAAGCGGAUCCCGACAGCGGCUCCGGAGCUGUGGGCAACGGGGGCCUUCGGCGGUUCCUCUGCGGCGUCGUAGAAGGUAAGGGGAGAGCGAGGGGCUGCGGGGCCGGGCGAAUUCGCGGUCGAGAGCGAGGAGGAGAGGCCGUAGCCGGAACAAAGCAUCCCCGCCUCUCCCUCCAGCGCCGUCGUCUCCUCCUCCUCCUCCUCCCCGCUCCAUUUUCCUCUGGCUCCGCCCUGGGAAUGAAACCUGGCGGCGGAGGGUUAAAACCGUUUGCUCUCUUCCGUGGUAAAGACGAAGCUGCCCUUUUCAGGGCAUCUGCCUUCCAGUUCGCUGAAUUUAAAUGCUGCAAACUUCCGAGCCACAUGUUGGUUCUUCCGUUCACGUGAGUGCACACACUGGAAAAACGUUACGAAACGUGCAACAAAACAAAAACAGUUCACGGACCAUAGCUGUCAAGGUUUCCCUUUUUUUAAGGGAAAUUCCCUUAUUAAGAAUAGGAUUCCUCGCAAGAAAAGGGAAAAGUUGACAGCUAUGUCACGGACACAGUUGAAAACUAACCGCUUUCUUGUGCCCCAAGGUUUUUCCAUGUGUGAAGUAACCAGGUUGCUGAUAGGGUUACAAUUCAGCUAGUGUUCUGGAAUGGAUAGUGGUAGUAGGCUUGUUUUCUUCCUGUGUUCUUUCAUUGCCACACAGAAAGAAAGAAAAACACUGAGGUGUUUAUUGAUACUUACUGGUUGGUUCUUCAAGUACCAGUGUUAUGCUGCUGCCUAGACUAGGAGUGGGAACCUGUAGCCUGCCCCCCCCCCCCUAAGUUGUUAGAUUCCCACCUGCCCUAGACAGUAUGGUCGUUGGCAGGCUGUCAUGGGAGAUAUGUCCCACAUAAUCCUCAUGGGGUCUUGACUGGCAGUGAGUGACUAGGAACAAGACCUUGGGGUCAUAGUGGAUAGCUCAGUGAAGAUCUCAGCCCAUUGUGCAGCAACUGUGAAAAAUGCAAAUUCCAUGCUAGGGAUCAUUUGGAAGGGAUUUUAAAUAAAACGGCUGAUAUCAUAAUGCUGUUAUACAAAUCAGUGGUGCAACAGCUUUAGGGAUACUGAAUACAGUUCAGGUCACUUCACCUCAGAAAGGAUAUUGCAGAGUUGAGAAAGUUUCAUAAAAGGUCAUCCAAAAUAAUCAAAGGGGUUGGGAAACUCCCCUUUGAGGAAAGCAUACAACAUUUGGGACUUCUACUUCAGAGAAAAGGUGAAUAAGAGAUAGCAUAAAAUUGGAUAAACUAUCUGUGAUUUGGAGAAAGUGGAUAGACAAGUUUUUCUCCCUCAUACUUCUGGUACUAGUAAACAUCCAAUGAAGCUGAACAUUGGGAGAUUUAAGACAGUCAAAAGAAAGUACAGUAUUUUUCCAUGUAUAAGACUACGUUUUUUUCCUUUAAAAUAAUGUCAAAAAUUAGGGGGCGUCUUAUACACAGACACAUCUUCCCCCAUUUUCUUAAAUCUGGGUCCCCAAAAUAGGGGGCAUCUUAUACAUGGGGGUGUCUUAUAGACGGAAAAAUACAAUACACACAGUGCAUAGUUGAACUAUGGAAUUUGCUCCCAUAGGAGGCAAUAAUGGCCACCAACUUUGAUGGCUUUAAAAGAGAAUUAGGCAAAUUAAUGAAGGACAAGGCUAUCCGUGGCUGUGAUCCAUGAUGGCUAUGUUUUGCCUCCAUUAUUGGAGGCAUAUGCUUCAUACUGUUUGCUGGAAACCGCAAGAGGAAUAAGUGCUCUUGCUCUUGGGUCCUGCUUUUGGGUUUUCUAUAGGCAUCUGGUUUGUCGCUGUGGGAACAGUAGGAUAGACUAGAUGGUCUGAUCUAGCAAGCUCUUAUGUAGCCUGUAAGGUAUCAUGUUGGCUACCCCUGAAUCUGGAGAGGUGGACCUGCAGGCUUAUGAAAGGCGUGUUCCUUCAGCUUGAAGAUAUAAUCUUGUUCACAGUUGGUGGUAGAGGAGCAUGCAUGAAUUUUGAUCUAGCAUAAAGCUGUGAAUAUCAGCCUAAAUCUAAAUGUUGGUGGUUUUUUUCCACCCACACAGUAGGUGUUGUUAGCUGUGGUGUUACAUGAUUUUUUCCUGUGGCAUGUUGUAGGUUUGUGGUUUUGAUGAGAUCUCAAUAUGGAAAAGGAGGUUUAUUUCCAGCUUGAUUAAUAUAGAAAAGGGGUAGCUAAUGUGUUGCCCUCCAGAAAUUUUAGACUGAAACUCCCAUCAUCCUUGAAUAUUGGCUAUGCUGGCUGGGACUGAUGGGUAUUGUACUUCAUGACAUCUGAAGGGUAUCACAUUGGCUAUCCCUUAAUAUACACACUAUCUGUAUGUGUGCCUACUUUGUGUGGAGUUUUUGUGGGAGAAGUGAGAAGUCAGAUGGCUACCAGAUGUUGUCAGGAAUUAAAUAGGUUUAUUAAAUCAGUCAUGAUUUGUGUAUAUGCAAAAUGCCUCUUCUAAAUAGCAACUUCUAUUACAAGGUGUAUAUAUUGUCUCAUGCCAGUCGUGUUUGCACUUUUGUGAAAGUACAGCCAGGCACAGACAUAACUCCCUCAAACCCUUUGUUCCUGGAGUGAGAAGCUUGUAAUGAAAACUGCCAUAUUGAUGGUUUUGGUAACCGGAAAAGAGCAUAACAGCUUCCCACGCUGGCAGUUGUCUGAGUAUUUUUGCAGGCACUGUCGGGGGAGGGUUCAUUCUUACCCUCCUUACAAUCAUGUUUUAAAACACUCUAGCUCCACUUCUGAUUUAAUGCUUUGCUUCAGGGCUUAAGUUGGGUUUUAAAAAAUGUGAGCUCAGGAGGCUAUUAUUUUUGACUGGGCUAGUAGCCUUGUAAAAACUUGUGGUUGCCAGGACCCUGCCUCUCCCCUUGUCCCUCUCCCCAUGUUACUGGAAUAACAUGAUUGUGAAUUGGCUGUUUGUGGAUGGGCACUUGCUGAGAUGUAACGUUCAGGACCUGUGUGCAUUUUUCUGUGAGUUACCCAGGUGCAUGGAUUCCAUUGGUAACAGAUUUGGAAAGGCGGCUUGUGUCAUAGUCACUAUGAUGGCAGGCCUCGUUCACAUCAGGGAAAUGAACUGAGUGUACAUUAGAACAUAUUUUUGAAAGGUCAUACUUUGCUCCAAGAAAUGCAUUCCAGUACUGCUAAACAGGACAUAAGUUCCAACAUGUAUCAUGCAUACAGGUUUGAUCUCGCAGCAUUUUACACUGCCGUACUUGUUUAUAUGUAGCGCUUCAGGCACUACUUAAAGGAACAACUGAGGCCUAUUUAUUUCAAACCCACUAGAUGCAGCUUUUGACAGCUAACUUGUACAAGUUUACCUCUUUAGUUCUUACUAUGCCCUAAUUAAAGUUGCUUAACAAAUUUGUAUAAUGAAUUAUUAAACUAAUAAUUAUUAGUUUAUUAUGGCUCAGAUGUUGCACUUGAUAUUUUGUUAAGAAGCAGCACAAUAUUUGAAACUGUCUACCAUCAAUAUUUCCCACAGGAUUUUAUGGAAGGCCUUGGGUUAUGGAACAGAGAAAAGAGCUUUUUAGAAGGUAUGUGGCAUUGUGUACUGUAGCAUUCUAAUACAUAAUUUGGGGGGGGGGCUUAUUGGGUCAUUGUUUUUGUUUUGAUUUUAUGUAUUUGAUAUUUUUGUGAUCUGCCCUGAGUCCUUUGGGUAUAGGGUGGUAUACGAAAUACAGUAAGCAAGUAAGUAAAUUAUAACAAUUAGUUGUAAAAAUAAAGAAUUUGUUUAGUGCAGAAUUAAGGCAUAGGUUCUGAAAACUGAAAACUAAAGUAUGGGAGGAGAGGAGGAGCCAAAAGGUCAUAGAAAAUUGAGUGGUUUUUGCUUUCAGUGACUGUUCUAAGCUAACUCAUAAUAAAUCAAAUCAAACCUCUGAAAUUCAAUUUCUAUGCUGCUUUUAAUUCAAAUGAAUCCCAAAGUGGCUUCAGUUAAUAACAGUUUGAUAAAACAAUACAGAUGCAGUAUAAAUCACAUAAAGUAAUUAACAAAUCAUCAGCAAAACAAUUGCUAUAUAUAAAACACUGUUAACAAAGCAACAACUAAUAAGCUAAACAUCACAAUUAAAGCAAAAGUCAUAUAUAAUUAACAAAUCAAUACAACAUGUAAACAAUAUCAACAAUAUUAAUAAAAUAAAUAAGCAGAAUCCAGCAAAAAGCAUUUAUAUACCACUUAAUAUUUCAAAAGCUCUGAGCAGUGUUUUUAAGUUAAGAAAAUGAAUAGUGUCCUCCAGUUUCCAAGCGUAUCACAAUCAAUAUGUCAGUUUAUUUUGCAACAAACUUAUGGGCAUUGGAAAAUAGAAUGGCACCAAUAAUGGAUUUAUAGUGACUUUCUGUGUUAUAUCUAGAAUUUCCUUGAAAAUUAUCUGCCAGAAUGGUUGCAUCUGCACACUUUCCCACCACAUAAGAUGCAUUGUUCAUACCACAGUCCCUCCAGCAAAGCAGUUUCCCAGGAUGUACUACCACCUGAAAAAACCUUGAAGUAACAUUUUUAAAGAAAAAUAACAAAAAGUAGAAGCUUGUAGAACAAAAAGCAUCUAACCAUGGUCACAGAUUUAGAUUUGUAUAUUUGGUCCUCUUAUUUAUCUUCCUUAUUUGUUCAGGUGUACCAUUCUUGCUUUUUCUCCCUGGGGUGUUGCACAACUUGCAUGGUACUCUUGGCUAUACAAUUAAGCAAUGCAGAUUUGUACAAUGUAUUUCAAACAACAUUUUAAUUUUGCUUUGUAGACUUCAGAAAUGGGGACUGAAUGCAUACCUAUAUGCACCAAAAGAUGAUUACAAGCACAGGAUGUUUUGGCGAGAAAUGUAUUCUGUGGAGGAAGCUGGUAAUUAACUUUAUUGCAUUUUUAAAUAUAUAUAUUCAUUGAAUUACAGUUGUUUCCACAUUUGGAUGGUAAAAUAAAAGUGAAGUUGAGAGGGGUAAGCUUUUUGUUGCUUUAAUUAGAAGAUGCAUUAAAUAACUCUUAGAGGCUUUCCUGCCUAGCUGGAUGAGAGAAAAUCAGUGUUCUGUUAAAGUACACACAGAUAAUUUUUUAAUAUCCUCCCCAACCCAACAGUCCAGUCAUGGAACUCAAGACAGUGUACAUAGGAUUCUUAGGUGGUCCUCCCAUCCAGACACUGGCUAUAGCCGGACCUGCUUAGCUUUAACAAGGUUGCUGCAUUAUAUCACCUUGAAUGAUGCCAUGGGAUGAUCCCUUUGCCUCAGUGCUAGGGAGAAAGAAGACAUAUUCAGCAAUGACAACCCACAAUGCUUCAUUAAUGGAGGAGAGAACAAUGCCUGUGCUCCUAACUGACUUAGUUUCUUAUUAUAGCAGCCUGGUACAGAUAUAGCACAGUCUUUUCUCUCCUAACCCUGGUUCAUGUGCUCAGCAUUUUCCCCAUCAUCAUCAUCAUUUCCUCCAAUUCUUUCAUUUUCAGAGCAAGCUGUGGUGCAGCAUUACAUUUGCACCAGCAUUUUUGUGAACCACACUUUGCAAAUCCAUUUCUGUUCCAGCUGGACUGCCACUUCCCCACUCCCUUUCUACCGUGUCAUCUACCACCUAGAGUCCUGUGGGACAGAUUCCAGAAGAGAGAGGUUGGCUAGCAAAGACACCAGAGCCUGCUCCAGCCAGAAUUGCUCCUGCCCUCUAAGUAGCCUGUGAAGAGGCUUUUGAUGAGAAAGUUACAUUAAUGAUACAACAACAAUAUUAAAAAUAUAUUUCAUUAUAUGCCACUUUGAAAAUAUUUGUAUCCUGAAAGGUGGAAUAUAAAUGAUUGUAGUGAAUAGAUGUGAUUUGUGCCUGACCUUGUUAGUAAAAAUGCCAUUGUAACACUGGAUCUGCCCAAAAUAUUUUAAUGUCAAAGACAGAAGGAAUCCUUUGUUCCAAAUUGGCAUGUGCAACUUGAUCCUAUACAUGCUUACUUGAAACCAGAUCCCAGUUUCCCCACAUUUUACCGUGUGUGUGUAUGAAUGAAUCAGAUGGAGGACUGAAUAUGUUUUGACAAAAAAUGUUAAUUAUUCAUAUUUCUUUGGGCCUUAAAAGUAUUUUUUGCCUGCAUAUAUUGAAAUGUAUUCUGAUUAAUAAAAUGCCUUAACUUCAUAGUUGCUUGUUGCUAAAAUAGUUGGCUUUGAUUUCUAGAGCAGCUCAUGACUCUCAUCGCGGCUGCUCAAGAAUAUGGGAUAGAGUUUAUCUAUGCUAUCUCUCCUGGACUCGAUAUUACCUUCUCAAACCCGAAAGAAGUUUCUACAUUGAAACGCAAGCUGGACCAGGUAUCUUAUAUUUAUGUAUAUUAUAAUUUUAAACAUAAAUGAGAAAUUGCAAAAACACUGGAUAAAGGAAAUAUGCCCCUACCUGUGUUGCACUCUAGAUGGGGUUACAUUCUCUAGCUUUUAUGUUGUACAAUAUUAACAAGCGUUAAUAUUUUUUCUUCUUUAUCCUGCUAGGUUUCUCAGUUUGGCUGCAGAUCUUUUGCACUGUUAUUUGAUGAUAUUGAUCACAAUAUGUGUGCAGCCGACAAAGAAGUGUUCAGUUCCUUUGCACAUGCCCAGAUCUCAAUCACUAAUGAAAUCUUCCAGUAUCUAGGAGAGCCAGAAACAUUCCUGUUCUGUCCCACAGGUAAAGUGACAAUGCAGAUACUGCAUUUUAACAAGAAUGAGGUCAAAAAUCCUUCUGUUCUUGUCCCCUUCCUCUCAAGGCAAACCUUUCCUGAUGGAGGGGUUGGUGAAGAGAAUUGCCGAUUAGACACCAUUCCUUAAAGACACCCUGAGCAUCUUCAAACAGUUGGGUACAACCCUCCUUUCUGUCUUAGCCACACUUCACUUGAACUUGUUACAAAUUUAAUAGCAGUCUAUGGUAAACUGGGUGCAUGUUUAUGACUUCUAGUUGCUGGUAUGUGGCAUACUUUUUCACACUGUCUGAAUAUUUUUUCUUCGGGAGUUUGGUGGGGGUGGGAUUCUAGCAGGUUUGCCAUCUUAGUCUGUUGUAGUAAAAAGCAGUUUAAAAAAAUUUACUUACAUUGUGGCAUAAGCUUCUGUAGAGCAGAUCUCACUUCAUCAGAUACAGGAAGGCCCACUCCUAUAAAGUCACAGCAUACAGAGCCAAUGAACAGGUUCUUGUCUUAGUAUUUUUUUCUUUUGUGAUCACUCUGAAAUCUUUGGGUGAAGGGCAGUGUAUAAAUUUAAUAAUAAUAAUACCUUGGAAAGAGGAAGCAGAGGAAAACUGUUGAACGGUUAACUUGCGAUGUCAUGAAAUGAACAAUUGCUGGUUGUAAUUUGUGUUUUGCUAUUGUUGCUUGUAUCCAGCGUGUUUUAUGAAAUCACAACGUAUUCACUAGACUCCUGAGUGACUUCCAAUCUGACUUUCCUCAUCAACGGAUUAGAACUAUGUGCAAUGAAUGAUUAUAUACACUGCGUACCAAGAGAAGAAUAAAUGAUUAAAAAGAAAAUACAAACGGGGGGGGGGGGGAGAGAAAUCUAAUGAACAACAUUCACAUGGGGAAUGGCUAGCUCCUAAAAUUGCUAGUUUUGGAACUAGAGCGUAGAAAAUUCUGUGAGAGGCUUUCCUUCCUUGCCAUUUCCUUCCUUUAUGUACUUACAUUAUGUGAAGUGUCCUUGGCAUAAGUUCAUACAUAUUCUCUGUUGCCCAGGGUCUGGUGCAUGAAUUACUUUAUUUGCCAAAGUACUUGUUACACUUUUGACUGUUCCCCAACAAUGGUGUUGAGCUAACCAAAGGUUCACUGCCUAGACAAACCCUGCUAUCAAUCUUGCCAGGUUGUACAUAGGUAUGGUAUUAAGAUAACCUUACUGGAGAUUCUCAGAAUUACUUCAGAGCUUAAAUGUAAUCCUGCAUGUGUAGCAAAAUAACAGAGUUCCAGACUUGUUUUGGCAGGCAUGCCUUCUUAAGAAUAAAUUUCUGCAAUUCUGGAUUCAGCUUUUUGAGCAUGCAUAGCUGAGACAAACCUACUCAAUUCCAAAAGGAAGGAAGAGGUAGAAUCCCUACUUGACAGGGAAGUAAUGGAAGUAAAAUGGGCUUACGGCCAGCUACUGUGGAAACACCUGAACAAAGGUCUGGAGAAGAGAUGGCAGUCUCAGAACUGUCAAGCCUCUGCCCAGUUACCAGUCAGUUGGUCCCAAAACACAGGUGAUCAAAAGAAACAAGAAGAGAUACCGGCAACAUAUCCCAGUUGAUAAGCAGUAGCCAGGAUCAGCUCUAGCACCAUUAAAAUAAGUAGCAGUAAUCAGAUCAUUGAGUCCCAGUAACCUCUUAACUGUCAGAGUGUCCCUAAUACCUUAAGCCUUGGAGGGCAACGGGAAUGAGCCUUUUGGAAUUUAGGAAGGCACUUGCAUUGUUGAGAAUGUUUAUGGAUUCCUGUGGGAGUCCCUAAAGUUGUGUUGUUGUGACAUAUUUUUUUUGGUCUUUACAUUUAAACACUACCUCAACCAUUGCAAGAGUUAACAAUAAUUUUUUUUGCAUAAAAGCAAAUCUGUCAGAAAUGACAUGGUAGGAUAUUGGGAACUGCAUCUAGCAGUGCCACACACAAGAGAGCAAAAUGGAUAGUGGGUUUUAACUUGUAUUUUUCUCUGUUCCAGAAUACUGUGGCACUUUCUGCUAUCCAAAUGUCGCUCAGUCUCCUUAUUUACGAACUGUAGGGGAAAAGCUGUUACCUGGAAUUGAUGUGUUAUGGACAGGUGAGUAUUUUGCUUUGUUGAGGUUGAUAUUGCCAACUUAGUUCAGCAUUCUUAUUAAAUGUUUUAGUAUGCUGCUUAAAUUUUAUCAUCCUGGCCUAUGGCUAAUCACUAAACUCAUUCUGAGUCAGUUGUGAAACUACAUUUUAGGUCCCAAAGUGGUAUCUAAAGACAUUCCAGUGGAGUCCAUUGAAGAGGUUUCAAAGAUAAUUCGCAGAGCUCCGGUCAUCUGGGACAACAUUCAUGCCAACGACUAUGAUCAGAAAAGGCUGUUUCUUGGUCCAUAUAAAGGUCGAUCAACGGAACUCAUCCCACGCUUAAAGGGAGUCCUGACCAAUCCAAAUUGUGAAUUUGAAGCCAACUUUGUUGCUAUUCACACCCUUGCAACCUGGUAUAAAUCCAACAUGAAUGGAGUGAGGAAAGAUGUUGUGAUGAGUAAGUUGAUCAGAAGUGCUCAAUCACUAUCUUAGGAACAAUGCUUUUAGAAAUAAUGUAAUAACCUUAAUAAUUUAAUAAUCUUAAAUUUUCACUUUGAUAAAAGGAGUUUCAGGAAAUGUCAUCUUAAUAAAUUAGUACUUUUGUCUUUAAAUGCAAAUACAUGGCAGCCUUGAACCUUGCUCUUGAAUUAAUAUUCUGUUUCUUAAUAAUCUGUGCAGCUGACACUGAAGACAGUACUGUUUCAAUUCAGAUUAAACUGGAGAAUGAAGGCAGUGAUGAAGAUAUUGAAACAGAUGUUCUCUAUAGCCCACAAUUGGCCUUGAAGUUGUCAUUAACAGAGUGGCUACAGGAAUUUGCAGUACCUCAUCAGUACAGCAGUGAGUAAGCAAUUUUGGUUUUGUCUUGCCUACAAUAUUGGAGUGAAUGAAGAAUGUUACUCAAACCAAAAAUGUUUUUCUAGAGUUCAGUAAAAAAAAAUCUGCUGAAUAAAAUACUUCAAAAGAUUGCUGCUGUUACGGUUUCAUUAUGCAUCAGGAACAGUUUUUGUUUAAAUUUUUUUAAAGGAACUGAUUCUUUCUGAGUGACAAGUAUAUUUCCCUGAAGCAAUGUACUUUGUAAGAGAUUCUGUGUCGGAUGUGGGGGUGUUCUCAAUUUGUCUUUGUUGGGAGAGGACACUAUCAAAAAUACUGUAUUGAAAAUAUGUGGAAUUGCAUUGCACCCGAUAUAAUUUGUGCAUCUGAAGGGAUUGUUUUGAAUUACACAUCAUAUUUUUGGUACAUGCAAAUGUAUUUCAGGGAAAUGCACAAGUGUUGUACCUUUUCAAUAUAUGUCUAAUUGCAGCAAAAUAGACACUUGCAUGUAUGUGUAUGUCAUUCAGAGACUGAGAGUGUGUGUGUUCACAAAUUAUUUAUAUAUGUGAAACUUGGUUGUAUGAAAAAGCUGAGUAGAUAUGACUGAAUUUUGUCUGCUCUGUCUGCAGGCAGACAAGUGGCCCAUAGUGGCGCUAAAACAAGUGUUGUGGAUGUGCCUCUGGUUACACCGUCCGCUUUAAAUUCUACCACUGUGAUUACUACCGUUUACCAAGAACCCAUAAUGAGCCAGGGAACUGCACUAAGCAACGAAUCACAGGUUCUGGUCAAAGAGGAAGAAAAGAAGCAACUGGAUGAGGAGCCAAUGGACAUGGUAGUGGAAAAGCAAGAGGAUUCUGACAAGAAUAUCAAUCAAAUAUUGACUGACAUUGCUGAAGCAAAAAUGUCAGAAGAGUUAAAACCAAUGGAUACGGAUAAAGAGAGCAUAGCUGAAUCAAAAUCUCCAGAGAUGUCAAUGCAGGAUGAUUGUGGUGAUAUUGCACCUAUGCAGACAGAUGAGCAAACUAACAAGGAGCAGUUUGUGCCUGGUCCCCAUGAGAAGCCGUUAUAUGCAGUAGAACCAGUAACUCUAGAAGAUCUACAGUUGCUUGCAGAUUUGUUCUAUCUCCCAUAUGAACAUGGAGUCAAAGGGGCCCAAAUGUUACGAGAGUUCCAGUGGCUCAGAGCAAACAGCAGUGUUGUUAGUGUGAAUUGUAAAGGAAAGGACUCUGAAAAGGUGAGUGACUGCAUUGUUUUCAUUUGGUGUAGGUGUGCAUAUUUCCUAUAUGAAAAAAGCACAAUAGCAAAAGAAAUAAUGAGCAACUGCAUUGGAAGUCUCUGAGCUGAACCUAGCCUGUAGAUAAUUAAGAAUAUCAUGCAUGUAGGCUGGUUGGUGGUUGAGUGUCUUGUGCUGUAGAAUGUAUCUUCACGCUUUGAAUGUGUGCACUACUCGUGCGUCAUCCUGGCUAGAGAUGUAAAAGUCAAUAGGUAUUGUCAUAAUAUCCAUCUAGUUUCAUCCUCAACAUGAAAAUACAAUUUGUAUGAAAUUUGUUCCUUUUUAUCUUUACUUAGAUUGAAGAAUGGCAUGCUCGAGCCGCCAAGUUUGAAGAGAUGUGUAGCUUGGUGAUGGGCAUGUUCACUCGUCUUUCCAACUGUGCCAACCGGACAAUCCUCUAUGACAUGUACUCAUACGUCUGGGACAUCAAGAGCAUCAUGUCUAUGGUGAAAUCUUUUGUGCAGUGGCUAGGUAUGUUCUUUAGGAACCAGUUAGAGCGGCAACUAGCAUAAAUGCUUGUCUUUAAUUAGCCCAUGGAAAAAAUGAUGUCAAUUGAAUGUUUUUAUAUUAUGGUCGCUUUGACCCUAAAUCCUUCUUACUUUUUCUAUUAUUGGUCGCCAUUCAUGUUUCACUAUAGACUGGCAAUAAAAGUGACAGUGGACAUACAUUGAAUAUAUCUCUUGGUCUUGAAAUUUUUUUCUUGGGCUAAGGAACAUAAAAGUUGAUCUCUGAAACAUAAGUUUUGACUCAGACUGAAUGCACACUGGACUAUAAUGCAGUAUUUCCCGGCCUUGUUGCAAAAUUGGAAAUGACACUAUGAAAUGUGACCAUGCCUCAGCUAUCUGCUGCUUGCUCUGUCUCAAUAACGUUAUUGCUGUCUUCAACAGAACAAUUGCAGAUGUGACCUUUCAAUGGGCCUGGCCAAGAGGGAGCCGAGCCUCCCAGCCCUUUCUCUGCGCAUGCGAGCUUUAGCAUAAGGCUAUUCUGGUGCAAAAGUGAUUUGCUUUAACAUUCGCAAGAUGUCUGAUUUUGGGCAAGGGAAGAAAUUCCAGAGCUCUGAAGUCUGCUUUCAUACCAGACUGUUCUCUAAAGAGAAAUCAAAGAGCCUUUUUUGCCUGCAGCCUUUUUUAAAUUACACAGGGUUUUUUUGGAAUAGCACCAGCAUGGCCUGGGUUCCUCUAGUGACCUCAUUUCACUUUCAGGUUUCAAUCCAACUGUAAGGAAUAUGCUGUGGACUUGCUUGAUGCACACAGCAGGCAGCAACGCUGAUGGUUUCCUGUCACAAUUUCUGUAGUUGUCACAAAUCUCAUAAUAAACCUCUUGCACCAUACUGGAUCAGCCUACAGUUCUUGGAUCACUUGAAGCUGUAAUCACUUGUAUACAUUCAUAAGUAUUCAUAGGUCGUAUUGCGCUAGUUGCCAAGAUAUCCAGUAUUGCAUUUUGCUGUUACUCAGCAGAAGACCAUAUGGUUCUAGCAAAAAAAAAUUAGGGCUUAGUGCAGAGAGGUUUUUUAAGCCGGAGCAUUUCCCACUAAAUAAAUAGGAAAUAAUUCAAAACUGGAGCCUUAGAAUAGAGUUUGUACCUUCUUGAGACCAAUUCUCAUACUGAGUUAUUUCUUUGUCUUUUUCUUCUCCCCUCAGUAUUGGUUCAGGCAUUAUAGAUUGUUUAGGGAAGAGGAACAGGAAGGUAGAAUCAGCCAACCCCUACAACAAGAUUGUCAGCCCCUAUUUUAAAGGCAGGAAGGGAGGCACACCAUACUUCUAAGUGGUAUAUUUGGUUACCAAAUUACCCAUUUUGUCAAAGAAACAGAUGGGAAACUAAAUUGUGCAUUUCUCCUGGAAGGAGCAUUAAGCAACUGCAAUGAUAAACAUGAACUUGAUUGACCAUAGAUUUCAGCUGUGAGGUUGAUUUGCUUUUGAAACAUUUCCCAAUUUUUGGAGCAGGCUGCUGAUCAUAGCUGCCAUUUUCUUUCAUAAGGAUGGCUUCUCCCAGCAGAAGUACUUAGUGCUUGCUACCCAUUUCUGACACUAUCUGGUAAUACAGUACGUUUGUAUAUUUCACUGGAUGCAUCUACACCAAAAGAAACUAUCUCGCCGCAGACCAAGUGAAUUCUUGUAGCUGAGAUCUUGGUCUUGCUGUUUAUUGAGACCAUUCUUUAGUUUAUAUAAUUACUUAUAUAGUCAUAAAACUUGCUUCUCAUUUGAUGUGAAUACAGAAGAAUCACUAAACUGGAAUGGUUUAGCCAUUGAAUGUUGAUACACUUGGUGGUCCGCUGAAGGCUGAUCUCUAUACCCUUUCUUUCAAUCCAGCUAGCAUUCAGUUUAUGAAACUAGUGUAGAUAAUACUACUAUGGAUUACUAAUGCCUUCUACUGUCUUCUUCCCCAAUGUGUGCAGAUGGGAGAAUCUUCAGCACAAGUAUCUACUGCUAUUGGAUGGACCACGCCAGAUGCUUUCAGCGUGUCGUGAUUAAUAAAUUUAAGAUGGGAAGGUUCUGUCCAUGAGGCAGCUCAGAUUAGGGCAGUAGGCACGGCCUGAAGUCACAUUUGCGCAGCGACUCAGGCAUUAACUCUUGAUUUUCAUUCAUACAGCUCUUCAUUCAUGCAGCUCUGUAAAGUGUAUAAUAGUUGGAAUGCUAGUUACGGUGUAGUCUCAAAGGAGAAGUACUCCAAGUUACUAGCGAAAGGGUAUAAUAUAAAGCCUCUUUAAUGAAGCACUCUGAUAUGGAAACACAAGAAACUCUAAUUGACAUGUUUUGAGUCAUCUCAAACUUGCUAUUUCAAAGGCUUUCUUUCAUAAUUGGCUAAGCAUUGAUAUCCAGCUUGGUUCACUUUGAGACUACCUAGCUAGUAUGACACAUUCGACUGUACUGAUCUGAGAUUGUUACUUGAACAGGAAGUAGAUCGCUGUCCACAAGAGGAAACAAACUUGCGCAGCUUAUCUUAUCAGAAGACUAGGCAGGUUACUUUAAUCCCUGCAUCAACAAUUCACCUGCCUAUCCCCUCUCAAAGAUGUUAGUUAUGCUAAUUGGUUGUAUAACUUGGCUAUCAAAGCUGUUAUCAAAGCUUAGCCAUUAUUAAAAAAUAUAUAUCCUUCUUACUAAAUUGUGGAGAGGGCUUUAAAGCCCUUGCCACAGCUGCCUGUCAGGAAUUAAUGGCAUUUCUCACAUGGUUGAGGGUGGGUAAAAUAAAAUACUGUAACCGAGGCUGUUGUUGCCUAGAUUGGGAACAAUAUGUGUGCUGUGGUUACUGUUGUGUAAGCAGAGCUACGGAAGUGGACAGUAUUGGUUUCUAAUCUCUUGAAAAAGAAGUAUCUGUUCCACAUAGCUGUUUGGGCUAUUCCAUCCCACGCCAAACCUGGUUUUCUGGCAAGAUUCAAACAAUAUGAAAAUGUGACUUCAGACAGGUCCAAGUAUUUCCAUGGGGCUGUGAUAAUGGCUUAUUUUCUAUACCUUGAUCAAUGAAAAUGUGAGAGCUGUUCCAUGUUCUUAGUGAUGAAAGAGAAGGACAAGGCAAGCUCAACUCUUGGAAUAAAUAUUACACCUGUACAGAACGGGGCAUACUGGCUUUUUACAGUACUGAAUUUUCUGCUGUCUAAGGCUAUCGUCUAACUUCAUUUUAUUAACAAAGAGCACAAAGCAUCUAAUCAGGAAUCUUUACACACGGCAGCAUUAUCGCAGCCCCUCAAGUUCUUGGAUUAUAGCUCAGUUAGAGAGCUUUUCCCACAAAGUGUGUAUUAGCUUGUUGGACAUUUUAGCAUCUCAGGACAAUCCCCCUUCUCGUAACGUUCUCCGCUUGGAUCUGAUCUCCACAGGGUGUCGUAGUCAAUCUUCAGCACAGUUCUUAAGUGGAGACCAAGAACCCUGGGCCUUUAGAGGUGGUCUAGCAGGAGAGUUCCAGGUAUCAAUAUGAAUUCACAACUGAAUGACAUUGUCUUUGUUUGAGAAAUCUUUUAUUGCGCAUCGGAGGACUGGAAGGCUUGGUCUGCCGAAGGCUUUCUGGUCCAAACCCAAAUAGCCUGACAGCUUUGUUUUUAAAUAAUUUUCCUCCCAUUUCUACAGUAAUAUCACAAGGAGAUGCUGCCAUUCCCACGCGCCUGCGAAGCGCUGCGGCUUUUAGUUGUACAUUUCACAUUGUUUCUUUGCAGGUCGCACAGCGUUUUUAUCUGCGCCCGCAAUUGCACAAUGCGCGCCUGCUUGUCUGCCGACGAGAACUCCAUGAGCAAAGAAAAUACGAUACUGUGUAUUCCAAGAUCCUCUCUAAGCAAAAUCUGUCGUUUGCGUUCCUCAUAAUCCAGUUGGCAAACCACUCCAAAAGAAAUGUUUCUUCUGUGCCUGAAUUUGCUCAUGGAUUUUUCAGGGGCUUACUUUCUUCCCCCUCACAGGUGCUCUCUGCGCACAGCCAAUUGAGUCAGCAUGUUGUUUUGGGGUUAGUGUCUCCUCUGGCCAGUUAACCCUCUUCAGACCAAACCUUUCCUCCUGACAUGGCUAUGUUAAGCUGAGAGCAUAGAUGAGAUUUGGUGAAAUUAUACUAAAGCAGAAAUGAGUUUAAUGUAAACUCCAUUAAGUGUUGUAACAGUUGUGUAUCUUUAAAAAACUUCUGUUCAGAUAAAAUGGAAAAAUGGUCCUUACAUUUGUAAAGCCUACAAAACCCUACUUCCCUCUGGGGUGCCUGCAGUAGCAAAAGUUAACUUGGGAGUCUGCAAUGCACGCCCAGGAAUGUAUUGCAUCUUGCUUCUCAAACAUUUACACUAAUUUUUUGUUUUCACAGCGUUUGCUGCCUAUUGAAGGAGCAAAUGACCUCUUUUUUCAGCCACCUCCUCUUACUCCAACUUCAAAAGUUUACACCAUCAGACCCUAUUUCCCUAAAGAUGAGGUAACCCAUUUGUUUGGUCAUUCUUGUACACAGUAAUGCUGUUUGGAGGAGCAUGUUGAUAAAAGCAACUGUUUCUCUAUAUUUUGUUAUUCUGUGAGUCUUCUGAAUGCCUAGGAGAGGUGUGGUUCAAAUGGAGGAAAUGUAACAAGAUUGAGUGGCUUAUUCUGGGUUCAUGGAAGUCUCUGGCAGCCCUAGCAGUAUUAUAAAAAAAUAUAUUUUUCCUAGGUGCUUUUUAUGUGAUCCCUUUUAUCAAAGGGAACAUAAAUAGGAAAAGCCUUGGGAUCCCAGCCCAGUUGACUGCCUUGGUAACACUGAAUGAGUUUAAUGUAAACUACUGAUCACCAAGGACAAUGAAUAAGGAGUGACAUAAUCCAAAUGCAUGUUAGCCUGAACUAUUUGGAAAUAAUACAUAAUCUCAGAAGCAUUGUAGGAUUGCUCAGGAAACAUAGUAAGCUGCCUUGCAUUGAGUCAAACUAUUGGUUCAUCUAGCUCAUUAUUGUCUAACCUGACAAGCAGCAGCUUUCCAGGAGAUUCCCUGCCCUACAUGGCGGUGUUGGGGAUUGAACCUGAGACCUUGUGCAUGCAAAGCAGGUGUUGCAAGCCCUGAGCUGUGGCCUUUCCUGUUAGGUUAUUUAUCUGACGCAUUUGUACUGUGUACUUCCUCCAAUGUGACUUACAUGGAGUUAUUUUAGUUUCAAGGCACAAUGAAUUCCACGUGGAUUUAAGCCUGCAUUUCCCUAGGCCGUCCAAUCUGCCAUCCACUACCUGUCCAAUAUGAGCUGUUGUGGAGGCAUGGAAUAAAUGAAGUAGUGAGGAUGCCUGUCAGUUAGUAGAACACAAGGCUUCCUAAGCAACAGUUCAGGUGUAUGUGCUGUGGGAGGGAAAACUCGCACAAUGAAUAUUUGUAUAUGUCUUUAGGCAUCCGUGUACAAGAUUUGCAGAGAAAUGUAUGAUGAUGAAACUGAUCAGCCUUUCCAUAGCCAGCCGGACUUAAUUGGAGACAAGUAGGUAUACUCUUGAAAUAAACUGGAAUUUGUUGAAUUACAUACAGUGGUACCUCGGGUACAGACGCUUCAGGUUACAGACUCCGCUAACCCAGAAAUAGUACCUCAGGUUAAGAACUUUGCUUCAGGCUGAGAACAGAAAUUGCACAGCAGCAGCACGACAACAGCGGGAGGCCCCAUUAGCUAAAGUGGUACCUCAGGUUAAGAACAGUUUCAGGUUAAGAAUGGACCUCCAGAACGAAUUAAGUUCUUAAGCCGAGGUACCACUGUACUGUAUUCAUUUAGUAAUAGUACUCCUUGUGGGUGGCUAAUCUUUGGCGCUCCAGAUCUUGGAGCCCAGCCACCAUCAUCAGCAUGCAGCAUGGCCAGUGGUCAGGGAUAAUUGGAAUUAGAGUCCAGCAGCAUCUGAAGUGUCACAGAUUGUCUGUCUCCUAGUAUGCAUCAAGAAAUGUAAAUACAAUAUUCAAAACAACUGGGAAGAGCAGGGAACUUCCAUGCCUUGCCAGCUGAAUAGAACACACAGGUUUUGUAAGGCUGGGGCCUGUGCUUCACAUGUUCACAUGUUGAAUCUGAAUUCUAAUCUGAAAGAUGCUCUCCAUUCUGGCUUGAAGACGGACUUCCAAGUUCUGUAGACUUUGUGCAAAUUCAAGUGCAACUCAGCAAACACUUGAUAGGGGAAACAAAAUUUAAGGAACAGAGCAGAAUUGGCACCAAUCUAAAGUAACAGAAAAAAUAAAAGAAGUCUGUAUCACCCCUUGUGGAAGCCACCAGACAUUCUUCUGAAUCAAGUAUGAACCCCUAGAGAUUAACAUCUAAGAUCUUCACACCCUGCAGAUGCAGGUCAGGGUAUGAAAAAAGGAAUCUGUAAACUGUUGUGCUACUGGUAUCCAGCCUUUAAUUUCUUACGCAGUUAGUACAAUGCAGUGCUGCCAAGAAAUCAUGCUGAGUCAUGGCAACGAUUUACUGAAAACCACCUACAUUCUUGCUGUUUCAUUGAUCAAACUGUGUAUGUGGGGGGAAAACCCAUCCUAUAAGGUGCUCUUGUAAGCUUCAGACAUGUUAUUGUUUAAUGAAGGUAGUGCAGCUGCAAAUACUGUGAUUAUAUGUUUGUAUGGAUUGGCCAUUGAAUAUACUAACUGGAUUGUCAUGUAAGCCUCCCUUUUCACUCCCAUUUGAGGCUUGCCAAUUCUCAUGAUCCCCAAUACUGCAAUACUGUUGUUGUUUUUAAACUAUUUUUUAAAAAGCAUUAAACCAUUUGGGGAGGAGUAGGGAAGUUGGCUUUACUUUGUAAAUUUACAGCUGAAACCACUGUCCAGGAUUUAGGCAUUUACUCACAAAGUACUCUUCUGCUGCCUGGAGCAGCCGUCUCCCACUUCUGCACUUUUUAUAAUCCCUACUAAUUCAUUAUAACAAUUCCCAAUUCUGAUUACCUUUCCAUAAUACACUUAAUUUUGAAACCCCCUUGGAUAGGUACUUAGCCACUUGUAUGUUCUAUAUGAUGGCUGACUAACUGGCAUUUAAAAGUACUAAGUCAUAGUUCUCAGACUUGUACAACUUGCAACUGUGGUUCAUUUAUUCUUCUGUGUUCUCUCAUUAUGAGGCCUCACUAGUUUAACAGUUACAUAGAUUUGUUUGCAUCAGUUAUCUUUGGGCUCUACUGACGAUUCCUUUCUUCUCAGGCUAGUAGGUGGUUUGCUGUCCCUCAGCCCAGAUUACUGCUUUGUCCUGGAAGAUGAAGAUGGCAUCUGUGGCUAUGCACUGGGCACCGUUGAUGUAACUCCUUUCAUUAAGAAAUGCAAAAUUGCCUGGUUUCCUUUCAUGCAGGAGAAAUACAGCAAGCCAAGCAGUGAUAAGGAGCUAUCAGAGGCAGAGGUUAGUUAUGCUGGUGUAUGCUUGAGUUGUCAAAUUGCUAUUUUUAGGCUUUCAUCUCCUGUUGUCAUAAUACUCCUAGGAAGAGUAGGGGCAAUUUAUCCAAUUUAUUCCAAUAUAGAGGCCUCAGACACAUGACACUGUGAUAGUGUGAUGGCCAAGUAGUCUCUAGAAUUAGUUUAUCUCUGUGCCUUUAUAAAUCCACACUUACAAUUAUCUCUAACAUUGAGUUAUAUUUCAUUCUUACUACUUAAACAGAACAAUUCUAACUGAUAGCUUUAUAUUUAGUACACUGCAGUAUGUAAUCAUAGAUUCUAUUUUACAGUGUAGUUAUGGUUCAACAUGAAUCAUAGAAUAGGCAAUGUAGUGUGUUCAUUAGAUUUCAGAGACUCCCUUCCUGAUCACAAUAUUAUAAAAGCUCUGGGAACAGUGCCUGGGAGAGGCUUGAUGAAAAGCCUCACUUCUUUUCACUGUCCAGAACCCAAGCAUAAAUCAUCUAACUGCCAAUCUGUCAUGACACUCAAUCCUUUCCCUUCUUUUAACCACUGUGAUAUUUGCAUUUAGGAUAGAAUAGCUAACUAGCCUGAUAUGUUUUAGAUAUACAAUUUCUGCUGCUGCUGCUGAAUUUAGUUUCUCUAAAUUUAAUUUAUUUGGAUUUCAAUAAACUCUUUGCAUUAUUUUUGUUUUGCUGAGUGUAUGCCAAAAUAAUGGCUAUCUUUAUUGUACCUUGAAAUAAACUUAAGAUUUGUUACCAGCCAUUAAGGUCUGCAUUGUUUAAAAACGAUGUUUUUUAUCAGAAGCUUAGAACAAUAAAAGAGAACAUAGCUUUCAAAAGGGAAGUUCUUCUGUUUUUCCAGCACCAGCCACCCAGUUUAAUCUGUAUACUUAUCUCUAAUUACUUAAAGAAUGGUACUGACCAAAUCCACUGUAUUUAGCUACUUUAGCUUUUUGUUUAGAGAUUAAUGUGGUUGUCAAGUGAAUAGGCUAAUCCAAGUCUGUAGAAAGAACCUGUUCGGCAAGUGCACACAAUGUUUCCAGCAUAGAUCACUGAACAUUUUUUUUGAUGUUGAAAGACUAUUUCUGUUGUGCCUGUUGUAGAAAAUUAUGCUGAGCUUCCAUGAGGAGCAAGAAGUUCUGCCAGAAACAUUCCUUGCCAACUUCCCAUCACUGAUAAAGAUUGAUAUCCAUAAGAAGGUGACUGAUCCAAGUGUGGCUAAAAGCAUGAUGGCAUGCUUGCUCUCUUCUCUGAAGGCAAAUGGUAAGCUCUUAUUCCUGACUCUUGUAGCUGUUGGGAUAUGAAAGGCAACUGUAGGCUCCUUACUAAGUGCCUGUGUCCGUAUCUAAACUAGACCUGGGCAAUUUUUCAAUAUAUCUUUCAAAAUUGGUUAUGAAGUCCACAUCACAGUAACUGUUUCAUGAAAUGUUAUUUGGCAGAUAUUACAGUUUUGAGAAAACUGUAGCUAGCCAGUGUUUCUUAGUGCCUCCGCUACCUCCUGCAGGAGCAGCGAGCGACUCACAAGAGCAGGCUAUGUUUCUUUAGAUUGUGCAAGGAGCCCUAGCUCAGCUCCGCUGCCUCUGCAAAAACAGGUGACAAUUAUGAAAGUGGCUGGAAAAGCAGCAGCCAGCCAGCAGCAGAAACCUAUCAGCCCUCACAAUAGACUUCUUUCGAUUUUGCAGCAAGCCCUGGCUCAGGAGGCUAGAAGCCAGCGUGGCAGGCCAGUAGGUGUGGUUUACAGAGAUGCUGCUCUGAGCUGGCUCGGGGCUUCUUGUUGGGAGCCCCCUUUGCCCCUUCCUUGCCCCCUCCUUCCCCCAUGAAAUAAGAAACUAUGGCUUUCUUCAGAGCAAGAACCAAAAACGUUGCCCUGUCAUUUAACUCUUUUUCUUUACUCCCGUCCCCCCUUCCACCUGUGUGAGUACAUGCGCUAAGCGUCUCUCUCCCCUCUGAUGCCUUUAGGGUGCAAGUUGCUGUGUAACAUUGCUGGUUCACCCUAAAUAGCUUCCUUCAUAUAAAAAAAGGAAGUUUUUAAAAAUAAUAAUAAUUAAGGAUGCUAUCUUGUUUGCUUGCCCUUCCUCCUUCCCUUGGAUAAAAAGAGAGAGAGAUUGGUGGGAUGGGGGCUUUUGGGGGGCCCUUCUGUGUCACAGUAGGGGGAAAUGAAGGGGGAAAGCUUUGUUUCUGCCUUUAUGCUGAAAUGGGAGAUUGAGGGGUGGUUGUGCAAGCAAAUGUAUGUCUACUCAGAAGUAAGCCCUACUGAAUUCAGUGGGGCUUACUCAUGCAUAGAAUUGCAGUUGGCCCUCUAGUGGGAAAGGAGAUGCAACUUGACACUAGUAAAUUACAUAAAUUAUCUUAAAUGAGUAGAAAACAGAUUAAAUUGUUAAUCAUAUGCAAGUUUAAUUAAUAUUUUUACUAAAUCUACUACUGUUGUAAAUUUUAAAUUUGCCUCUAAAACUUUAAUAUAUUCUCCAGAAGUCUUCAAUGGUUUAGUUAAAGCAUGCUAUCAUUGAGUUAAUUUUCAUAUAAUUAUAUGCAUCAAAUUUAGAUUCUUUGUUGUUCAAUAUUUUCCUGCAUUAUUUGUAUUCACAAUGACUCAUCACUGUAUUUUGGAUUGUCCUACAUCUGAAUACCACAAUUUGGUAUCCAAGCCCAAAACCAAAGUCCUGUUUGGAUACAUUUUGGGUUGCCUGUUGAUGAAAGUGAUGAUUUCAUCAGUGUAUGGUCAUUUAGACCCGUAACUUAGUAGUAGUUGUCAGGACAUUACCAUGUUCACAUCUACGUAGUACCAUCUUAUUUAGGAUAUUGUGAUAUAUCGGUAUAUCGUGAUGUUUAGUUGGUGAUAUAUCAUGAUACUGAAAACCAAAUAUUGCCCAGCCCUAAUAUGAACAUCUCCACUCAUGGCCUGAUGAUAAGAUCUGCCUAGGAGAGAGCCCUCCUUAGCAAACAUUAGAUAGUGAGGGCACCUGGCAUACUAAGACAUAAGGAAAGGGCUGGUGGUAAUGCCCUUGCUAUGGAACUCCCUGCCAAAUGAAGCCCAUUUACCCACAUCCCUCUUGGUUUUCUUGUUCAGAAGGGCCUUUUGGCUUUAGAAUUAUGACUCUUCAGUUGGAUCUGUAUGUGUCACCUCAUUGAUGAGAUGUCACCUUUUUUAGCCAAUGAAGAACCACUUCUGCAGCCCACAUCAUCCUUGCAAGUCCUAGACAGCUAUGCAGUUUGAACAGUUGUAUGCAAGCUUCCUGAGAAGACUGGUGGACACCCAGUAGCUGAGAUCCAGAAAAGCAUGCAACUAGUUCCACAUAGCUUGUUUAUACAGUAUGCUGCUUUUCCAUAAUAAACUGUGUCCAAAGCAGCUCAUGAUAAGAUUAAUAUCAAAAUAUAAAACACUUGAAAAAAACACCUCUUGACUUUGAUUCAACUGCACAAUGCAGUGUGAAUUGAUUAGAAAUAUCAAACAAUGUUUGUGAAGUUUCUUCAUUAUAAAGACUCCUCUCUGCUUCUACUCUCUCCUCAAAUAUCUCCUCUUGUGUAUUUUUCAGGCUCCCGUGGGGCUUUCUGUGAAGUGAGACCAGAUGAUAAAAGAAUCCUGGAAUUUUACAGCAAACUGGGAUGCUUUGAAAUAGCUAAAAUGGAGGGAUUUCCAAAGGAUGUCAUUAUUCUUGGAAGGAGCUUGUAAGGAGCUUGUAAGGUGAACUUUUGAUACUGUAAUCACGUAAUGGUUGGAGAGCCUGAGGUUUAUCUUGUUGCUGUUCCAUGCAAAGGCAGCAGUCAGCUGGCCUGACAGGAGCUAUGUGAAAAUUCAUCCAUUACCCUUUCUGAGAUGCUGCUCAAAACAUUAUUAGAAAAUGGAUACUGGUCAUCCUCAUUUCCUGGUCUUAAGCAAAGUGCCAAGGAGUACUGCAUAAGAGGUACUGGUGGCAAUUCCAUGCAUCCACCUCUGUACUCACCAGAAUGGCUGUCUUUUCCAGAAAGUCCUGACAUGAAAUAGUUCUUCUCUGUGUCCUGUUCUUGAAGUGGGUUGAGAGAGAUGAACAUGGGAUCUCUCCAUUUACAGAGGGAAACAGGGUGCCUGUGUUGGCCAGCUUAAGGACAAACAAACACUGACAACUCUAGGUUUUGUUGAUUGUCAUGCUUGCUGAUAGGGAAAUUGAAUGACCAUCACUUCUAAAGAAUUGGUUAAGCUUUGUGCUUCAUAGGGAUAAAAACUGUGCAUUUGUCUGUGGCAAAGUCACUCAGUGGCAGAAGUGUAAAUUUCAGUGUGUAAAUAUAUAUAAACUCGCUGUAUGCUAAUACUUUGUGUUUAAUCGUUUUAGUAAUUUUGCUUUCUGAAGCAAAGCGGUAUUCUGAGACAGCACCUUUGAAUAAUGUCAAACCACAAGAGAGGCUGAUGCCAACUUCACUACAGGCCUUUUCUACCGUGCCUCGUGCCCUUCACUAGAAUUGCCGCUUUGGGGGAAAAUGAGCGCUGAUCAAGAAGGGCCGUUCCUUUAGAGGACAAACUCUUCAGAGGUGGAGUGGACACUGCCUCCUGCUGGGGGAAAGCUGGUCAGAGGGCAACCUCAUGAAAUCAUUGAUGCCCCUGACAGCCAGCCAGAUUGCCUAUCCAGACUGGUUGGAUGGGUGGAAUACUGCAGUUUACAGCUUCCACCUUUCCAUGUCAGUCAUUCUGACUAAAUCAGGGUCUUCAAGUCAUGCACAUUUGUGACAGACUUCUUUGUGGACAAAAAUAAGCACAUUUUACAGAUUUAAGUAGUUAUCUAAUUUUAUUAUCACUGCAUUUAAGUUGUCCCCUGAAAUCAGAUAAGUGGAAUCUGCAUGGCUUAGGAAUAUUAGUAAGUCCAUAACUUGGAAGGAGUUAUUACUAUUCCAUAUAAUGCCUUGUUCCCGUGAGGCAGUCAGUCAACGUUACACGUCAUUUUUCUCAUCUGCUACAGUCAGCUGCUUUUGCUUCCAUUGAAAAUAUUCCCUUUUGAAAGGAUUGAGUUUAACCUUUUUUUAAAACCCUCUGUGUAAACUUUGAAGAGGUUUUAUACACUUUUUCAAAUGGAAUUUUACUGUUGGUGUACUUUGCAGCCUCUUCUGAGAUGCUGGUGUUCAGCCUUUGUUAUAUGUUCACUAUGAGAACAGUUUUAAUAGCAAGUUAUUUAAACUGCAGCAAAUACAUUUCAUUUGGAGUGCAAGGCACCAAAUCAUAAUGACAGAUCUUGCAUAAUUCCAAGCUGGUUUUCAUGAGGAUUCUAUGGCUUUGAGUGUAUGCAAAGCAGCUAGCCACUUGGUUUAGUUUUAAUUAGAUCCCAGAGAAAACAUCUGGAUUUAUGGCAUUACACAUUUCAGGGGAGGGGGGGUAUCUGGGUUUUAUACUGUUAACAUAAACUUAUGAAUUUAUCACUGUUAAGUUAAUUGUGUGAUGGUCUUGAAAGUCUGGGUCAGUCUCUCACUCGGGUUGUAAAGUGAUGCAGUGACACAACUUUCAUGGUUAUCAGUUUUCAUUGUGUACAGUUGGAAUGCCACUUUCAUGACUGUCUUUAGACCUACUGUAUCUGUAGCAGAACAAUGGACUGUGUAAAAUUGUAUUUGAAGACCAUGUGAGAAAUAGAAUAAAUUGCAAAGUGAAUGUAAAGACUCGUCUCUGUAUAAUGCUGCAGAAUGAGGAAAGUGGGUGGAGAAGAAUAAUUCUUCAUACUGUGUUUCAGAGCAUUCUGCUGAUUAUGUUGAAGAGAUGGCUUUUAGUACAGCAAAUUUGCUUUUGAGCUGUGUUCAUUGCUGCUGAGCCUAAACAUUGCUAUUUUGUAAAUACCCUUAUUAGCAUGGGGGGAAAGCAUAGGGAACUUCUGAAGGUUAAUUUGUCUUGGGCGGGCGGGUGUAAUAAUCUAAGAUGCUAUUUGGAGGUCAAAUAUAAUGUCGUAUUUUUUAAAUAAAAGAAUCAGAGCAAUUAAAAUUAUAUGAUGAAGCUAGUGGUGGCCAGUUUGUGAUUGAGGCUGGCUAUUUACAAUAUUUAUUUCAUUUUUUUACCCUAUUCAUUCCUUUUAUUUGUUAUGUGGCUUUUCCACAAAAAAUCAUGCUCAAAGUGGCUUACAACAAAGAAAAUAGGAACACAUUUCAAACAAACAGUGUAAAAACAAUUUCAUGAUAACAUAGCAAAAUAGCUAUUUCAAUACCAUAAAUAUAACAAGAUUACUUAAACAACAUGCAGCUUCCAAUAGCAGAAAUAACAAGGGAGCUUCAAAGUUUCACCUUAGUCCUAGAAACAUCCCUUCCAUGACGAUGCUGUCCUGAAGCCACUUGCAAGGCUUAGGGCAAGACCCCUCCCUCCCAUGGUGCUAAAAUUUAUACACCACUUUAAAAACAAAACAAAAAACCCUCAAAGAGGUUAUGCCCUACAGUUUUGAAGAUGGGAGGAGAUGAGACAUUCAGAAGCCUACUUAAUGUACUGUCCCAAACCUUUGAUUUCUUUUCCAUUAAAACGACAUUAUUAGGAUUCUAACAAACUGCUUCAUACAAGGCAUUUAAAUAUCCCCCCCUCCUUCCCAAUUUGCUGUAGAGCUUAAAAUUGCAUGAAGAGCAGAAUAAUUGUGUGUUUUAUUGUGACAUCACGUUUCUAUACACAGACAAAUGUGGGGCAAAGUGAGCAAGGGGCGCAGAGCAUUGAGCUUCUGAUGGCAUUUUUGGCCAGCGUUACUCUGCUGUUUCAAUGCAAUGAAAAGCAUGAUGAACACAAAUACAUUUAUUAUUCAGAACAGUUAGCCUCUCAUAAGAAAGCAACUUGUUAAACUCAUCACUCACGUUAGUCUCCAUUGUUUUGGAGUAACUCAACUUAGGAAACAUUAGUUUAGAAGCCCUUCUGUUUAAGACGCUGUUGUUUUCCUGUCCAGAUGGUUUAGCUCCCUAUUACACAGUGGCCUAUCCCACUUACAGAAAGCAAGUGACCUGAAUCCAGGAUGCCUUCACUAUUUCUUUUCAGGAGGAAAGGAGUGGAGCAUCUGUCAAAGUCUUGGCUCAUCUCCCCCACCCCGUGCUUUUAAUCCAAAGAGUGUCAAAGCUCACCUCUGUUGGAUGUGGCAAAUAUGCCACUCAUCUUCCUCUCAGAUUCCACAGGGUUUAAAUUAGGAAUCAUUCCAUAUCAAAAAUUGUCUUUUACUGGACAUACGGAACCAGUGCUAAUUGCAUGCACGUUGGCAGUUAUGCAAAUUUUAAAGUGUUUUCUCCUAUUUGCUUGUCUAGUCUUUUGUAUUUUUUGAUUUCCUAUUCCAAACCUUAAUAAAGUCUUUGAUUUGGAACUUG